AUGCCUUCGGCAGAGGAGGCUAGCACGUCGACCUCUUCGACUCCCACCUUCAAGUCGCUUGGCCUUAUUGAUCCUUUAUUGGAAGCGCUGAACCAGCUCGAGUAUAAGAAUCCUACUGACAUCCAGGUCGAAUCUCUUCCUCAUGCUCUCGAGGGACGUGAUAUCAUCGGCGUAGCAUCGACAGGGUCUGGAAAGACAGCUGCGUUUGCGCUCCCGAUCCUACAGAAAUUAUGGGAAGAGCCAAAAGGUCUUUUUGCCUGUGUUUUGGCGCCGACGCGCGAAUUGGCCUAUCAAAUUUCGCAACAAUUCGAAGCACUGGGUUCUGCGAUCGGGGUACGGUGCGCGGUCAUUGUGGGAGGGAUGGACAUGGUCUCUCAGUCCAUAGCACUGGCAAAGCGGCCACAUGUUAUAGUUGCUACCCCUGGACGUCUGAUUGAUCACCUGGAGAAUACCAAGGGCUUCAGCUUGCGAGGACUUAGAUAUCUGGUUUUGGACGAGGCAGAUCGUCUGUUGGAUAUGGACUUUGGGCCUGUUAUAGACAAGAUACUCAAGGUCAUUCCGAAGGAGCGGACAACAUAUCUUUUCUCUGCAACAAUGACCACAAAAGUUGCCAAACUGCAACGUGCCAGUCUAUCCAAUCCGGUUAGGGUGGAAGUUUCAUCAAAAUAUUCAACUGUUGACACCUUGCUUCAAUAUUAUUUGUUAGUCCCACUGAGCCAGAAAGACGUACACCUCAUAUAUCUCGCAAACUCAAUGGCACAAAACUCUAUCAUGAUAUUUACAAGAACAGUGCAUGAUGCUCAACGCAGAAUGUCCAUAAUUUUGCGGACGUUGGGCUUCCCCGCCAUUCCACUACACGGUCAAUUAAGUCAAAGUCAGCGAUUAGGUGCUCUUGGCAAAUUCAAGAGCGGUGGUAGAAACAUUCUCGUAGCAACAGACGUUGCUAGUCGCGGUCUAGAUAUUCCAUCAGUUGACGUUGUUAUCAACUUCGACAUCCCUACCCAUUCAAAAGACUACAUUCAUCGAGUCGGUAGAACGGCGCGCGCCGGUCGGUCUGGGAAAUCAAUAACGCUCGUAACACAAUACGACGUCGAACUCGUCCAACGGAUCGAAGAGGUCGUAGGCAAAAAAAUGGAGCUUUGGCCCACUGAUAAGGAUGAGGUUGCUUUACUACGAGAGCGAGUGGAUGAGGCGGGAAGGCUGGCCGCCAAUGAGCUCAAGGAUCAAGCGGUGAAAGGGGGGCGUGGUCGAAAACGGAGAAGGGAAGAGGGUGGUGACAGAGACAACAGGGAUCGUGACGAUGAUGUCGUUGAAGCGGGCAUGCCGUCUAGACAAAAGAAAGGGAGGAGAUAA